GAGUGGGAUGCUGCGGAGGCGGGCCCCAGAGGAGGACAGUGCUGUCCUGAUCAACAUGGCCCCGGGGAUGGAGAAGGGGGACUCUUACGGAAGCACAGCCAACACCUCACAGCCCGAUGGACACCAGGCGGCCACUUGCAGGGUGGGGAACCCUGCCAAGCCCCAGAUCGCAGACUUUGUCCUUGUUUGGGAAGAAGACCUGAGGCUGGGUCAGCAUCAGGACAGUGCCACCCAGGACAAGAGAGACACACACAGGGCCUGGCGGGAGACCUUCCUGGAUAACCUUCGUGUGGCUGGCCUGCAUGUGGACCAGCAUCAUGUACAGGAUGAGGACAGCGCUGUGCACUACAUCCUCCUCAGCGCCCCCUGGGCCGUGCUCUGCUACUACGCGGAAGACCUGCGCCUGAAGCUGCCCCUGCAGGAGCUGCCCAACCAGGCCUGCAACUGGUCGGCCAGCCUGCUGCAGUGGCUGGGCAUCCCCAAUGUCCUGCUGGAGGACGUGCCCGAUGUGCCCCCCGAGUGUUACUCCUGCCAGUUCAAAGUGAGCAAGCUGUCGAGGUUCCUCAGGAGUGAUGACCAGGACACCUUCUUCACCUGCACCAACAGGCACCAGAUCCUAUUUGAGAUCCUGGCCAAGACCCUGUACGGCCAUGAGAAGAAAGGUCUGUUUGGGAUCGACCAGCUGCUGUCCCAGGGCGUCUUCAAGGCGGCCUUCCCCCUGCAUGAGGGCCCCUUCACAACACCCCCUGAGGGCCCGUGGGCCCCUGGCCUCAACCAGCGGCAGGUCCUGUUCCAGUACUGGGCCCGCUGGCGCAAGUGGCACAAGUACCAGCCUCUGGACCACGUGCGCAGGUACUUCGGGGAGAAGGUGGCCCUCUACUUCGCCUGGCUGGGGUUCUACACAGGCUGGCUCCUGCCAGCAGCCGUGGUGGGCACGCUGGUAUUCCUGGUGGGCUGUUUCAUGGUGUUCUCAGACACACCCACGCAGGAGCUGUGCAGCAGCGCCGAUAGCUUCCAGAUGUGCCCACUCUGCCUCAACUGCCCCUUCUGGCUGCUCUCCAGCGCCUGCGCCCUGGUCCAGGCCGGCCGGCUCUUCGACCACGGCGGCACCGUCUUCUUCAGCGUGUUCAUGGCCCUGUGGGCGGUGCUGCUCCUGGAGUACUGGAAACGGAAGAGCGCCAUGCUGGCCUACCGCUGGGGCUGCUUCGACUACGAGGACAUCGAGGAGAGGCCGCGGCCCCAGUUUGCCGCCUCGGCCCCCACGACAGCCCUGAACCCCAUCACCGGCGAGGAGGAGCCCUACUUCCCCAAGAGGAGCCGUAUGCGCCGUGUGCUGGCCGGCUCCGUGCUGGUGCUGAUGAUGGUGGCAGUGGUGGUCAUGUGCCUCGUGUCCAUCAUCCUGUACCGCGCCAUCAUGGCCAUCCUGGUGUCCAGGUCGAACAACACCCUCCUGGCAGCCUGGGCUUCUCGCAUUGCCAGCCUCACAGGCUCCGUGGUGAACCUGGUCAUCAUCCUUGUCCUCUCCAAGAUCUACGUGGCCCUGGCCCACAUCCUGACAAGAUGGGAAAUGCACCGGACGCAGACCAGGUUUGAGGACGCCUUCACCCUCAAGGUGUUCAUCUUCCAGUUCGUCAACUUCUAUUCCUCGCCCAUCUACAUCGGCUUCUUCAAGGGCAGGUUUGUGGGGUACCCGGGCAGCUACCACACCUUGUUUGGGGUUCGCAAUGAGGAGUGUGCGGCAGGAGGCUGUCUCAUCGAGCUGGCUCAGGAGCUCCUGGUCAUCAUGGUGGGCAAGCAAAUCAUCAAUAAUGUGCAGGAGAUUCUCGUCCCGAAGCUCACAGGCUGGUGGCAGAAGUUCCGGCUUCGCUCCAAGAAGAGGAAGGUGGGGGCUUCAGCUGCUGCCAGCCAGACGCCCUGGGAGGCAGACUAUGAGCUCCUGCCCUGUGAGGGCCUAUUUGAUGAGUACCUCGAAAUGGUGCUGCAGUUCGGCUUCGUCACCAUCUUCGUGGCUGCCUGUCCGCUGGCGCCGCUCUUCGCGCUGCUCAACAACUGGGUGGAGAUCCGCCUGGACGCGCGCAAGUUCGUGUGCGAGCGCCGGCGCCCAGUGGCCGAGCGCGCGCAGGAUGUGGGCAUCUGGUUCUCCAUCCUGGCUGGCAUCACGCACCUGGCGGUCAUCAGCAACGCCUUGCUGCUGGCCUUCUCCUCCGAUUUCCUGCCGCGCACCUAUUACCGUUGGACCCGCACCGGUGACCUGCGCGGCUUCGUCAACUUCACACUGGCGCGCGCCCCGCCGGCCUUCACCGCCGCGCACAACCGCACGUGCAGGUAUCGGGCAUUCAGGGAAGAUGAUGGGCAUUAUUCUGGGACCUACUGGAACCUUCUGGCUAUCCGCCUGGCCUUUGUCAUUGUGUUUGAGCAUGUGGUGUUCUCCAUCGGCCGGAUCCUCGACCUCCUGGUACCUGACAUCCCUGAGUCUGUGCAGAUCAAGGUGAAGCGGGAAUACUACCUGGCCAAGCAGGCGCUGGCUGAGAACGAGGCUCUCUUGGGGACGAAUGGAGCCAAGGACGAUCAGCCCUCAGCCUCAGAGGAGAGUCUGGGCCCACAGCCUAGACGACCAGAAGCCAGCCGGGCCUCGCCAACCCCUUCCCUCUAAGGUCGCAGGGAUCAUGUUGGGGGCUGAGGGGCCUGGAGUCAGACCCACCUGGAGUGCAGAGCCCUCACGCCCUGGAGAUGAGAGGUCUCCUCCUCUCCUUCCCCUCCUCAGCUGCCUUGGGCCCCUGCUCCUGCCCCCUGCCUCCCAGGUCCUGGUUGCAGCCCCCACUGGCCACCCCUUUGGAGUACCCAAAGCCAGGCGACUAUAGCAGGGGAACCUGGUGGGCUGGGGCAUGCCUCCACCAUCUCCCUCCCAGCCCCAUGAGCCAGUAUCCUCUCCUCACACUCCCCCAGGGGCAGAAUGGCUCCACCCUGAGACUUGUUCCUGUCACCCCCACCCGCCUCUGGGCACACUGCCUACUCCCCUACAUCUUUACUCAGAGCUGUGGCCCUUCCAGGCCUCAACCCUCCACUUCGUGCCAUCCUGGGUCCCUGCACCCACGGCCCCCCUGCCUCUCCCUGCUCACUUCCUACUUGCCCAUCAGCCCUCACAUGACUCAUCUGCCAAUCCAGCCAGUGGACUCUGGGUCCUGUGUCCUCUCUGGUGUUUUGAUCCUGCUGUCCUUGGAAUGAUGGAAUGACCCCUCUCUAGGCCCACCUGGUUACACAGAGUCCUGCCUGCCCCCCAGCACUCUAUGUUCCAGGUCACAACCUGGAGUCAGCUCAACCCCUCAGCCACUUUUUCCGCUCCCCAUUCCUAGCCAAGGGCUCCUGAUUCUGUCACCAUUUCUUGAACCUGGUGCCCCCUUUCACUCCCAGCCACUAUGAGUGGCCUCUCAGGCUAAAAAGCUGUACUGCCCAGCUCCCUCCCAGAUUACAGCCUGAGGCUGAGGAAGGUUUGGAAGAAGACUCAAUUUUAUUCCCUGACCUGUGAAACACUAGAGUUUCCUGUAUGUUUACACGUGAUCAUCUCCAAAGUUGGGAGCACCUUAGUACAUCCAGUUGGACCUUGUCCACUGACCAGCUUGUGAACCCCCUUCCACAUCCUCCUUCCGUUAACUCAGUUAACCGCUGUGCCCAUGCGUGACUCCACCACGGGGUGCCUGCCCUUGGCUGUGCACUCCCUGCUGGGUGUGUGGGUUUUCUCCACCUGUACCUUGUAAUUCAUGCUGGAAUAAACCUCCCAAAGUA